AGCGCCUUCGACGAGGUCCGCUGUAGAAGCGCAACCCUCCGUAGAGACGAAUGGUGGAUAGUUGGACACAGUGGGGUGGCUUGAGAAACUCUUUCCGCGAAAGUGUCGGGGUGGGUUGGCGCUGUCCAUAUGGAGGCGAACGAGGCGCCGUGUUAGGCAGCCCGGCCUGCACGGACGCCUAACUGUGUUACGGGAUUAAAGUGUCGUCGAAAAAUAAAGGGCGCAUCCUGACCGGGAACACUCGUAAAAUCGUGAUCAAUUCGGUCGACAGGUGUUGAUUGUAUGUAAUAAAAAUGGCGGCCAAACCACCUGAAAUGAAUUACACGUGCGAAAUCUGCGGCCUAGAGGGCUUCAACGACGAGGAGAUGAGGUCGCACAUGGUGUUCUAUCAUCUCCAAGGAGCAGCGAAUUGUCCAUUUUGCGAUUUGGGGGAGAUCUCGCCAACGGAAAUGUUGGCUCAUGUUAACAGUGCUCAUCUGGAUUACUUGACACCAAGUACCCCGGAGCAUGAUAUGAUGGCAUUUAUUGACGAUGAUUCGUUGGUAGACGAUCAUAGGCACGACGAAUGUCGUGGUCCUUCUCCAUCUAUGUCUCUACGCCCACCUCUUCUACAAAAUGGAUGGAGCAGUUCGUCCAGUCCUCGUGUUAAACACCAGCAGGAACUACCAAAGUCAGAGCCACAGAAUUCUAGUUCUAAUGUGAAUAAUAACAAUAAUAAUAACAACACUGGAAAUGUUAAUAAUGUAAUAGAAGGAGCAGCUGGUCAUGGUUCUCCGCUGCGUUCAGGCCUAAAUCUGCAGUUACGUUCUCAUGCUUCGCCAAAGCUUCCAGUUCAAGAGUGUCCUAUGUGCCCAUUCAGUUCCGAUAGUCCGUUGAGGCUAGAAGAGCAUAUCAAUAGACAACAUUUCGAUCUCACUUCGCCGUCCUUUCCACCUGAAUCUCCACCGUCGCGUGACGGUAUCUUCAAUUGUCCCCUAUGCGUUACGUCUUUCCCUAAUUCUUCUGAUCUUGAGCUACACGUCAACAUAGAACAUAAAGACAUUUUAAGCCCUGCGAAUGGUGCAGCUUCGCAAUCUGAUUUAGCAACCGUUGGCAGCGAUGCUACUGCAUGUCCAGUUUGUUUUAGUACGUCGUUUAAAAGCAAUGACGAGUUAACUGCACACAUCGAAGAACAUUUCAGCAAAAAAAGUACUCCAUCUCCUAUAACUCCAGAUUUGUCCACUGACAGAUUGUUAGCAAAGGAUAUGGAAAGGCGCGAGAAAGAAGUUAGAAAAUUACGCGAACAGCGAGAAUUCGAAAUGCUAAGAGCACAAUACGGAAUGGAUAAUCAGGGCAAUUUUAGAGAACAAAGCGUCACUAAUAUGCAGCGGGCUGUGUAUUCUGGUGAAAUGACGAUUGCAGAUUAUUACGAAAGGCAAAGCGAACUCAGAGUAGCAGAGAGUAGUGGCAUAGACGAUGGCAGUUCCUGUACACGGGGUCUAGUUCCCAAGAUACGAGCUGUCAGUCAAGCAUGUAGCAACAUGUUGAGCACCUGGAUGUGUUCCACUGUAGAUCAUUACGCUACUACUUACGGAGACAAAGGCUGGGGAUGUGGUUAUAGAAAUUUACAAAUGCUAAUUUCGUCGCUUUUACAACAUACAGGGUACAAUGAGUUAGUUUAUAAAGCGUGGAGUUCUGGUCUGGGUAGCGGUAGUUCUACCAAGAAUCCGCUCCGAAGUUCUAUACCGUCUAUCUCUAGACUUCAGAAAAUGAUAGAAUGGGCUUGGGCUCAGGGUUUCGAUACUCAAGGAGCUGAGCAAUUAGGCGGGAAAUUGGUGAACACUAGGAAAUGGAUUGGCCCCACAGAAGUAGCCAUAUUAUUUUCUAGUUUGAGAAUAAAGUGUCAGCUGGUAGAUUUUCAUAGGCCAACUAAUUCUGACGGUGGACAUCCUGAAAUGUUUAAUUGGGUUUUACAAUAUUUUCAACGGUGCGAUGAUUUUAAGCCACCCCUUUACUUACAGCAUCAAGGUCAUAGUAGAACAAUAAUAGGAGUAGAGCAAUUAAGAGAUGGUUCGAUAACUAUGUUAGUACUUGAUCCAAGUCAUAGUCCAGCACAAAUGGCACAAUUUAAUAGCACAAGUAGUGCACUCGGUGCAAUGCGUUUGGUACGAAAAUCGAUCGCAGCAAUGAAAGCAAGGCAGUAUCAAGUCGUUGCAGUUACCGGUAUCAUGGAAACCGAAUUAGAGUAUCAACAAAGCAAAGUAUUACGUUUGAUCCGCGUACCCCAAGAUAGGUGAGAUUUGCUGACCCGAAAAAGAGUCAAAUCUUGUGGAAAGACGAUAGACUGCCUGAAACCAAUUUUGUCCAGCAUCCUUAAAGUUACCUGACCGCAAUGUUCUAGGUUUUAUCAUUAGGAGGAUUUGCUCCGCCGUAGUAAUUACAGAAAUAUUAUUUAACGAUAUAUUCUUGCAUCUUUUAGCCGUCAUAAGUUGACUGGCUCCUCAAUCGUGUAUAUCCUAAGCCUGCGUCGCAGUUGAAAGUUUUGGAGCUGAAAUGAAACAAUGAGAAACCACAAAAGUUGUAAUUUCUAAAGAAAGUGUCUAUAUGUCGAUCUUUUAUUUUAAACAAUGAUCAGCUCUGAAAAUACUAUAUUACGAUGUGUGCUUGGGAAUGAAAGUUUUAGCGAUGGAGUAUCUAAAUGAUAGAGCUAAUUCGAUCGCCAUUUCUUGUCCACAAUGUUCUGCUCAAUUUUCGUCGCACCGAACAGGCUGUGCUAAUUUUCAGUCGACCAAUCGUCCUACGCCGGUCGGUUGCAUCAGCGAAAAAGCCAUAGCAGAGCUUGGAAAACAAAACUCUUUCGUAGCUGUGAUGCUGUUAUCGAUUCAAUGCUAAUCAAUCACCGAUUAUAAAUAUUUUUGGAGGCACUCCAGACAGUCGAAACAUUACAGAAAUCAACAAUGUCCGUACUUACCUUCUUUCACUUGUAGUACUCUACAUGUACUCUAAAUUUUUAACAAACUUUGUUGUCAAUUUUUAGUCAAUAUAAAACUACCAAUAAUGAUACGACGCGCAGUACGAUAAAAUUUUAUAUACGAUUACAGAAAUUAUUCUCCGAUACAUUUUCAUUAUCGUUGUUUUUAUAUAGUUUUGGAGUGUCUACAAGAAUAAACGACGUAUUUCCAUAUAUUCUAUAUACGUUUAUCUAUAUAUACGUAUACACAUACUUGCACAUUCUUUGUUAAAUUAUAUUUCACUCACUCAUACAUAAAGUACAACUACUUUCAUACUAAUUACAAAUAUUCUAUUUAACUAUUCAAUUAAUUUAAGGCUACUCAUACCUUAGCGUGUAAGUUAAGUGCAAUGCUGUGACCGAAAAGAAGAAAAGGUAGUAACUACAGUCCAUUUACUUGUUAUUUGUAAACUAUACUUGAGAAGUUAUAUGAUUUAGUAAAUUAUUAUUAUUAUUGUUAUUAUUAUUAUCACUCUUAUUAUAUCUCAUGAAUUGUACUGAUAUAUAUAAGAUGUAUUUAUUAUAGUUAAAAAUAUUUGAGACUAUUGAGAAAUUUGAUGUUUAUUAUUAUAAAGAUGUAUGUUGUUUUAUAGUUUUCAUAACUUAUGCACUAAUCAGAUGAAAAUUGUCUUUCUGCUCGGUAGGACCAGAUGCAAUAAUUAUGACUGACAGCAAAGAUAUAAGACAAUUCUUACUUGUAUUGAAUUUUGCUGUAUGCAAACUAAGGAUGUGUUAAUCAUUUCAGAGUGUUCAGGUAAAUCAAGCUGUGGAAUUGUUACGCAAGUGUAAAAAGGAACUUCGUAUUAACCACACAUCAAAUGAAAAUAUAUGCUUUGUUAGAAUUCCCAA